UUUAAGAAACCCAUAUUGUUGAAAACCACAAAUUGCCCCAAAACCCAAACCUAAAACCCUGGACAGUGAAAAACCCCAUUGCCAAUUUUCUUUGUGUUUGAACUUUGUAGAGAAGAAACAAUGGAAUGAAGGCAAGCAAAACAAAAGAAGGUGGAUGAGAUAGAUAGAUUGAUUGACGCCAAUGUUUGCUGCGAGGAAUCUUCAGAGGCAUUCCUUCAAGACCCUCUUCUCUCUUCUCCAAUCCAAUCCCUCCAAAAAUCUUGUGUUUUUAAGAGAUGUUUUGCCACAUACCAUCUCAAGCAAUGUGACUCAGCCUAGUAUUCCAAGUGAAGAUAGUCUUUUAUUUUCUUCACAUGCAUCAUUGGAUCCCUUCAAGGGGUGGUUCCGGUCUAUGUCAACUUCGAAAGGGAGGAGCAUGCGAAGCAAGGUGGAGAAGCGGAUGCAAAGAGAGUCAGGUAAAACCCUAAGGGAGAAGCGGCGAGCACAAAAAUUAAAGAAGAAGCUAAUGACUGAGGAGGAAAGGCUUGUUUACAACCUCAAAAGAGCCAAGAAAAAAGUGGCAUUGCUCCUUCAGAAGCUCAAGAAAUACGAGCUGCCAGAGUUGCCACCCCCUCGUCAUGACCCUGAGCUAUUGACUCCUGAACAGCUUCAGGCAUUUAAAAAAAUUGGCUUCAGAAAUAAAAAUUAUGUACCUGUUGGUGUUCGUGGAGUUUUUGGUGGAGUUGUCCAAAAUAUGCAUCUCCACUGGAAGUUUCAUGAAACUGUGCAAGUUUGCUGUGACAACUUCCCCAAAGAAAAAAUAAAAGAAAUGGCAACCAUGAUUGCAAGACUGAGUGGUGGUAUUGUCGUAAAUAUUCAUAAUGUGAAAACAAUCAUCAUGUUUCGUGGCAGAAACUAUCGCCAACCCAAAAUUUUGAUACCUAUCAACACCCUUACAAAGAGGAAGGCAUUAUUCAAGGCAAGAUUUGAACAAGCUCUUGAAUCUCAGAAGCUAAACAUAAAGAAGUUAGAACAGCAGCUCCGGCGAAUGGGGGUAAAUCCUGAGGAUCCAGUUGCCAUGGCCAGCAUUCAGAGAGUUGCUUCUACAUUCUUCAAUGCAAUUGACAGGCAGGAAGGAAGUCCUUAUGUCUUCCGGGAGGAUAAACAGCAAGUAAUGGAACCUAUUAAAAACUUUGAAGAGUCAGAACCCCCUGAUGACAGUGACCAGGAGGAGUUAGACAGAUUCAUAGCUGAGAUAGAGGAUGCAGCAGAUGAAGAAUGGGUUGCUGAAGAAGAAGCAGAGAAAGAAGAGCUUAGCAAAAUUAGGUAUUGGAACAGAGCAGACUUUGAAGGGAGGUUCAGGGGAUCUGAAACACGUAGGGAUCGCAACUCUUAUGAUGAUGAUUAUGAGGUCAAACAGGCAAGGGGGUGGAGAGAUGCACGUGACAAGCAGAGGACUAAUGAUAGAGAUGGUGAAGACAAUGAUAUUUCCGGUGGUGAUGAUGAAUGGGAUUCUAAUGAUGUGAGGACUGCUAGUGAUCUUGAGAGUGAUGCUGAUGAUUCUGAUGAAGUUCAUGAAAAGUUCAAGCCUUCUAGAGCAAACAGGUGGAAGGAGGAUAAGAUUCUCAGGGCCAAAAAUAAUGACAAUUCUAAGAGAAAUCCUAUAGCUAAUUUUAGAAGACAGGCUACUGAGGAAGAUUCUGAUUCAGUAAACACGUCGAGUGAUACUGAAAAUGCAAUGUGGCAAUCAGAUGCGGAGGAAGAACCCAACUCAGAAGCAUCAAGAGCAGCUACUUAUAAUUACAGAAGCAGCAGUGAUGAGGAAGACAAUUUAUAUCACGUUAAGGGAGAUGAGAAGAAUGGGGUGAAUCAACAGGAGAGUGACGCUGAUGAUUCAGAUGAAACUCACGUUAGAUUCAAGGGAUCAAGAGUUGCGCAGCAGAAGCAUAAUAGGAUUGGCAGAUCCAAUAAUGAUUCAUAUUUUGAGACAAAAGCUGAAGUUAAGUUCAGUGGAAAUAUGGCUGAGGAAGAUUCUGGAUCAGAAGAAAUGUUUAGUGAUUUGGAAAAUGCAAUGUGGGAGUCGGAUGCUGAGGGCAACUCAAGUGCAUCAACAGCUGGAAGACAUGAUUACAGGAGCAGUGGUGAUGAGGAAGAUCAUCAUCCGAUGAAGGCUAAGGAUUAUGGGGUUGAUAAUAAAAAGUCGAGGACGCAAAAAGAAUUGGAUGAGGCUUGGGAUAGUGAUUAAAUCUCUUAUUGCUGAGCACUGUCCCUCGGAGAUUGUUUUGAUGAUAAAAAGAACCCAGAUAAUAUGAUGGUGCUGUGAAUUUUUAUUCUUUUGGUGCGUUUUGUACUUUGUUCUUUGUUAAAGAAAUCAAUACUAAAGUGCAGCAUUUUGUAAAAGAAAAAAUAGUUGUGGCUCUAGAGUUAUUGUUUGUAACAUGGAUUUGGCUUGCAUCCAUGACUUUGCACAUUGGCUGCAAGAUGCAUACUUGGUGUGUUCAUGAGCAAAUGCACUGCAUGCUAGCUGGACCCUCGUAAAAUUUUCUUCUUAAACAUCCUAGGGAAAUGAAAAUAAUUGAUGUAUUUUACUUAA